AUGAGCCAAUCGACCCCCACCGGCAAGCAGUCGCUUGACCAGGCGUUGCAAGAAUACCAGCAGCUUUUCACGGUGCUGGCGGAGAAGUUACAGCAGAUCACCGCCCAUUUCAUUACCGAGCUCGCCAAGGGCCUCACCAAGGCCGGGGGCAACAUCCCCAUGAACCCGACCUGGGUGUUGGACUUCCCCACCGGUAAGGAGAAGGGUGACUACCUCGCCAUCGACCUCGGCGGCACCAAUUUGCGGGUGGUGCUCGUUCGCCUUAACGGCGACCGCACCUUCACCACCGAACAACACAAGUACGCUCUCCCUGAAAACAUCAGAACUGCCACCAAGGAGGAAUUGUGGACCAACAUUGCCGACUCGCUUGAUGCCUUUGUCAAGCAACAUUUCCCUAACGGCGUCGACCACGACUUGCCCCUUGGGUUCACCUUCUCCUACCCUGCCACUCAAUACCUGAUCAGAGAAGGCAUUUUGCAAAGAUGGACUAAAGGCUGGGACAUCGAUGGUGUUGAAGGCCACGACGUGGUUCCUAUGCUUCAAGCCGAAAUCACUAAGCGCAAUAUCCCCAUCGAUAUUGUCGCGGUGAUUAACGACACUACGGGGACGAUGGUGGCUUCCGCCUACACAGACCCCGAGACGAAAAUGGGGCUCAUCUACGGUACUGGGUGUAACGGUGCUUACUACGAAAGAUGUUGUGACGUCGGCAAACUCGAAGGGCGUCUUGAAGACGACAUCUCUCCGGACACUUUGAUGGCCAUCAACUGCGAGUACGGCUCCUUCGACAAUGAACACCUUGUCCUUCCCCGUACCCGCUUUGACAUCACUGUUGAUGACGAGUCGCCUCGUCCCGGUCAACAGGCGUUUGAGAAGAUGAUUUCCGGUUACUAUCUUGGGGAAAUCUUGAGAUUGGUGCUUUUGGAAAUGAUGGAAAGGGGUGCUAUUUUCCAGGGCCAAGACACCGCCAAGCUCGACAAGAAGUUUGUCAUGGACACCAGUUUCCCCGCCCUGGUCGAAGAAGACGACACUGCCGAUUUGACUGAAGUCGAACGUCUUUUCAAGUCCGAAUUGGGUAUCUCCACCACUUUGGAAGAAAGAAAAGCUAUCCGCAAAUUAUCUGAGCUCAUCGGCAUUCGUCUGGCCCGGUUGUCGGUGUGUGGCAUUGCUGCUGCCUGUAAGAAGCGUGGCUAUACUUCGGCCCACUGUGCUGCCGAUGGUUCGUUGUACCAAAAGUACCCUCACUUCCCGCAAAGAGCAGCGCAAGCGUUGCGGGAUAUCUUCCAAUGGGAACUGAAGGAAGACCCCAUUACUAUUACCCACGCUGAAGACGGUUCCGGUGUGGGGGCGGCGGUGAUCGCCGCGUUGACGGAACGCCGUAUACGUGAAGGGCUUCUGGUCGGGGUGAAGAAGGACUCCAAAUAG